AUGCGUAAACCGGCGGUUUCACAGCUCGUUUACAAUGUCCUCUUCCCUAAACCCCGUUCAAAUGAUCCUACAAACUUCGCCUCUCACAUAAUGAGAAAUCUUGUCCCCGAAGUCCGUGUCGAAAUAGCAACGUUCUAUGGGUCUUCAGAUUGCAUUGAGGCGCAGUAUCCCGGUCUAGACUAUUCAUUUCCGCCGCACCGUAUGAGAUUGAGCCGGUUUCACCACCAUCGGAAGUUAUUUAAAGCCUUUGACGAAUUACGGCUGACGGCAGAGGAGAUUGCAGUACUUUGUCGCUGGGAAGGAACAAAAUUUGCUCGUGAUCGAUAUGAGCGAGAGGCAAGAGUGCAUGUGCGGGACACCACGGUGGAUGGUAUCCUUGUCCAGGGUGUGCACGUACCAGCGUCGGUUACUUGGUACGGGAGCGACAUCGAUUCAGACUCGCAGUUGGCGCCGAGCGAUGUAGAGCCUCACGGGCCUGAUACAGCCUCGAGCGACACUACAGCAGGGGAAGAAAGUAGCGAGGACGAGCUGGAGGAGAGCGUUGGAUUUGCGCUGAACCAGCAUCUUCUCGAAGCCACAGCAGCACGGGAGCGGGGAGCGAACGUAUCCCUUGAUGAUGUUUGGGAACAGUGGCUCAAGGACGCCAUCGAGCGUGGCAACUAUGAAGACAUCCUCCAUACAAUCAGGGACGGCUCCGGCGAUUUUUCCAGGGCGAUCCCAUCUCCCAGUGCAAUAUACGCGAAUAAUGUCGCUACCCGUCAAGUCAUGCAGCGCGCACCCAGCACGGCGCUUACUCCCGGGCUUCACAUUCCAGACCCAUCGGCCGGUCCUCAACCGAAUUCGAGAUGA